AUGUUUCCACAACGCCGGCCAUUGGCCUCCACAAUUCGCUCUGCGGAAUCGUCACAGCAUCGCAGCGAUAGGCACAGGCACCAUUCAAGACGUCGCGAUGCCUCUCGGGAGAAAAGGAAGGUAGAACUUAUCGACCUUGACGAUAUUUUUACCGAGCGGAAUCCUGUAAAAAUUGCUUUUAAGACUUGGCAGUUAGACGACGUAGGCGCCUCGCUGAAGAAGAAAUUCCCGGAAGGGGCCCAAGAAAUUCCAGAGGAUGCCGAGGUGCAAUUCUUUUCCGACAACAAACGCUUGGAGGGAGAUGACAUCCCUAAAGAUUCACACCCAUUAUUUUAUAGGGUUCUACGAGAAGGUGACGACGGCUCAUUCCGAGUCGUCUGGAGAGGGAACAGCGUGAAGUUGCGUAGGCCGGAGAGGGAAGCAAUAGCUCGUGAAGCUACUAUGGGAAAGUCCGUAGGUAGUCUUCGAGAGAUUGUAGCAAACCUCCUACGAGAUACCAAUAAGUCCAAGGAGGCUCUAGUACAAAAUUCCAACCAAAUCGUGAUCGAAACAGAAGGUGGCCUGGUACAGAGGCUGCUAGAAGGAAAUAGUUGGGAAGUCCGCAAGGCGAUGGCAUGGCUCUGUCGUUAUCUGAUUAUCAGUAUGAAACCAGUCGACAGCUAUUUCGUCCUACAAGGAUUCAACGAACAGUAUAUCUGCCAUAAACCAUGUCUGAACCGCCGUGGUUAUGCAGACACUCUAAAGCUCAAGACCUGGCUUAAGAAUGAGGUAUUAGCGACGGUCUAUUCCGAUAAUAAAGCUCGCCGGCGCCACAUCAACUUCGAGGAUAUCAAACUGACCUAUAAUGGUAAACCGGUCACAAGAGCUAGCCACAUUCGUCCCGGGGCAACUAUCGGCUUUGAAGUUCCCCGUUCUAUAGAGGAUAAAUUCGUUCGCGCGGAGAGUUGGCUGGUUCCUACGUCGGAGACGUGCAUCGUAUGCGGCGACGAAAAGAGAGUCUCCGAGAUGCCGAAUAGGAAACGGAUUACGGCAGCUUGUAACCAUGAUGCCACCACUUGUAAAGCCUGCGUUGGCCUCUGGAUAGCUUCGAGUUUGGAAAGAAUUACGUGGGACCGUUUGAAAUGCCCAGAAUGUCCUCAGCUACUCAAGUUCGAGAACGUCCGAGCUUUUGCUUCCCGAGAAAUCUUCGAUAAAUAUGAUAUGCUAGCUACAAAGGCCUUGCUAACGGGAAUCCCGGAGUUUAUGUGGUGUUUGAAUCCUGGAUGUGAGUCGGGCCAGAUCCAUCCCACUGGUUGUUCAAAAGCAAGAUGCUAUGGAUGCAAACGUAACAUCUGCAUACGGCACAACGUUCCGUGGCACAGGGGAGAAACCUGCGAUGAAUACGACAAGCGAACACGUAAACAGAGGAAAAAUGACGAAGCAUCCGAAAAGCACAUCAAGGAGAUGAGCAAACCAUGUCCCGGAUGCAAGAGGAAUAUAAACAAAUACAUAGGGUGUGAUCAUGUCACCUGUAAGUUUCUAAUCUCAUUGAAGUCGUUGAAUAUACCUAGAAUACCGAACUAA